AUGAUGAAAUGGCAGUAAAGGAGGAUCCCCCCCCCCCCCCCCCCCCCCCGCCCGUGCGUUACUUCGUUUAGUUUGGGAAUCCAUCAAGAAAACUGCGCUUGGAGUUAUAAUCGGUUGGUAUAAUCGAACCAGGAACCUUUUUCUACCUGGAUCGUAGAUGCUGCCACUGCGCCUCGGGCUGCAAAUGCGAUGCUUACACGAAAUCAUGUCAGAUGAAACACGUGCUGUGUAGCAUCGCCAAUUCUAUUAUUGAGGAGUUUUGCGGCAUAAGCUUCGCCGCAAUUCACAUGCUCGUCUCGUCGAGUGCAAUGCUCUUAAGCCCCACGUAUAACAUGGUCGAUGAUAUUACCUAUCACCCAAAAAAUCCGAAGAAAACACUACAGUCCAGACACCCGUCUAGACUUGAAAAAUGUUCAAUAAAAUCCCGAAUUUCGGUCCCAAAAAGUCAUUUGAUAUUUUUCGUUUUCUAGUUUCCAGUUAUUUAAUAACUUGAGCCUACACCGUCGACGAUUAGACGGAGACGAAGUCGAUGUACCAACAAAAAAAGAAGGUUACGAAAAUAUUAGGCUAAAAAUAGAGAGGAAGAUGAACUUGCCAUAAAAUCUUCUGCCGCUGCUGUGAAGAAGUUCGGCUCGCGUGAGGUUAAAACCAAAGUCAAGGUUACAGGCAAAAGUCACGGUUGAGAUCAUUGCUCUUCUUUAUGCUAGAAAAUAUGCACGAUGGUUAAAAAAAACGAUUUACCGCUUAAUCAAUUGUGAAUUUUUUCUUUACCGCCUUUGUCAUUAACGAGAAACCCAGAAUUCCAUCUAUAAGUCAGCUGAUCAAACACACCUUAUAUACAAUGUAUGUACUGCAAAAUUACCUCCUCUGUGAAGGGCAUUAUUUAUACUCUAUUGAGCGGCAUUAGUCGAGUCAUUGGCAUGAAUCUGUCAAAUUUUCGAAGAGUGUAAACUGUCUGAGCACACAUAAACAGGUUGCAUCAGAAAAUUUUCGACCGUUUGAAAUACCGCGAACAAAGUCUUUCGGAGAACUGUGAAACAUUUUUUGGAUGUAGAAUGUAGUGGUUCUCUAACGCUGAUCGCGCUAAGAUUUUACUGUCUCUUCGAUCAAAACAAAUACAUCUUCCGAUCCGUUCGCCAUUUUUAUUCAAAAUGUGGCUCACCUUCGGAUAUCUAAAAGUAAUCUGUCGCUAUAUGUAGACAGGUAUGUAUAUUCAGGUAGGAAAAAAGGACAGGCGUGCGUCAGUUACGCGACAGCAGUCUUGCGAACGUUAUACAUAUUGGUUUGUAGAAAGGGGCCUUGAAUGAAUUUCAAUUGUUAAAUAAAUGCGUUCGCAUAUAUUCUACGAUCAUUCACAUGAUCAUUACCGUUAUAGCUAUUUAUUUAUGAGUAUAUGGUCAACCGACAACGAAUCACUCUUCAGUGAGCCUGUAUACAUGCACUGAAGUGAGAAGUCGUCGUUUCUCAUACUCUGCGGAUUUGAUCCAUUAUUUGCGUUUUGAAAACGCUUACGCAAAAUGAAAAGGCAUUUGGAACCUACACUCUAGGGGAGUCUUAUUACCGCUAUAACAGCCGGCUUCUGGAAAGUCAGUCGGACGAGGCUGAAACGCUGCAUUUUUCUUUGAACGACGUUUUUUUUAGCAGACGUCGACGAUCGCCGUCAGAAUCACCGUCUCAGCCCGAUGUCACAACUCCGAUGCCCAUUUUAACUUCUUCGACGACUGUUAAAUCAAACAGCAAUUUGGACAAUGUCGCUUAUUCGACGGAAGGCAACUCUAAGCUUUCCGCAUUCCAGCCAACUUCAUCAACUACCUCUCAAGUUAAUCCAGAUGUCAUUGUGUCACAACCUCUUAAUCCUGCUACAGGAAAAAUUGAAGUUGUUGAAUCACCAAAAAUAUGGCCCAACGCGACGAUGCGUCCGACAUUGAUUGCUGCGAAAAACUAUACGCAAGAUGGUGGCAAAAAUUUCACGAAUGAAGAACAAGAAAAUGACGAUAUAACAAUUGACAAAUUUGGCGAUGUUACUAAUUCUACUCUGUCAAAGAAUAAUAUAACCAAAACUGAGGAGGAUAAUCAUCAGUAUUACAACAGCACUUUCUUUGUCGAUGAAGCUGCGGGAAGAACAUUCUGGGUCGAUAUGGACAAUCAUCCCAAUGUCAAAGUUAACGAACUCCUCAGCGAAAGCCAUCGUAGAGCUGCGACAGUAAAGCUGUCUUUCGAUUUUCCAUUUUAUGGACACCUGGUGAGGAAUGUAACGAUCGCCACUGGUGGUUUUCUGUACACCGGAGACUAUGUCCAUAGUUGGCUAGCUGCAACUCAAUAUAUCGCACCAUUAAUGGCCAAUUUCGAUACUAGAUUGUCAAAAAACAGCUACGUCAGAUAUGUUGAUAACGGCACGGCUUUUACGGUGGAAUGGGAAAAGGUAGUUCUUCAAGAAAAACCAACUGGUGGAGAAUUCACGUUCCAAGCAACUCUUCACAAGAAUGGAGACAUCGUUUUUGUAUACGCGGCUGUGCCUCUAGUUGUUGAAAAAAUUCAGGAUAAUUUGCAUCCUGUAAAAGUUGGUCUUAGCGACGCUUACAUUAUAGACAGGACUGUAUUUUUCGUUCGUCGGAAGACAAUUUAUGAGUAUCACCGAGUGAAUUUUAUGAGCCAGGACAUUAGAAAUUGGACUGUUAUCUAUCUUCGUGCGUUACCUACGUGUCUGAGAAUAGAUAACUGCAAUGAAUGCUUAAACAAGACGACAAGCUUUGAAUGUAAAUGGUGUCCAAAUCUGAAUAGAUGUAGCACGGGCAUUGAUCGAUACAAGCAAGAAUGGCUGAUGAAGGGAUGUGAGGCAGCGAGCAUUAAGGAAGGGGAAACUUGUCCAGCUACAGCUGCAACGGCUACGGCAUAUAAUGAACAUGAACGCGAUCAUCAGAGUGUUCAUGAAAAUGUUCACGAACGUGCAGGUCAUGUUCAUACCGAUGAGGCUUUAUCGGCGAGUGUCAAGCCUAGUCAACACCAAGCUAAAGCUCUUGGUUCAUUGGAAUCUACUCCAAAUGACAUGAAAAUGGGGGUCUCUGGUAUCAUUGGGAUUCUUUUAGUAGUGUCAUUAGUCGUUGGCUUAAUUGGAUGGGGUGGGUAUGCGUAUCGUAAUCCACACAGUGCUUCUGGCCAAGUGUUGAUCAGGUACCGUCCAAGUCAAUGGAGUUGGCGACGAGGGGAAGCUCGUUACACGGCUGCAACAAUUCAUAUGUAAGUAAUAGCAGCAAAAUUGUAAUCCGUCAAUGAAGCGAAACUGUUGGAUUCACAAACUUCCUACUUAACUUAUACGGUACGGUAACACGUCUGCUGGUUACAAAAGGAUUCCCAAUCCUCGUGAUGCUGCAUUAAAGAGAAUUAAUGAAUGAUUAAAAAAAUUUCUAAAACCACUACACGUGAAACGACAGUCGCGUUUGUCGAAUAGACAUCAUCUCGCUGAUGUGUCGUCAAAAAAUGAUCAAACAUCUAAUUACAAGAUUGGACACGUGCAAACCGUACAUUAAUUGAUAUUGAAGCGACAACUUGAAAAUGAUCCAUGAAUCAUGUAAAACAUGUCAUAUGCAGGUAGUACCAUAGCCCGAUGGAACCUUGUUGUUGAGGCUCGUUUGUUCUAAGUAACGAAUGAGAGAAAAUGAAAUGUAAACCGCAAGUGCCUUGUAUCUCUAUUCGUUGUUGUACUUUGCAUGACCGAAUUUAUUGGGAGAUGAAAAAAAUCGUACGCUACGUCGAUGGUUAGUCUUUACAAAGUAGAAUUCCAUCGUUAAAAAUUCCGAAUUCGAUUUAUACAUCUUAAAUACACCCUUACCAGACUGGACUUAUUGUUAGUUCAAAUUACUCGUAGUUUUAUAAAGUGGACGGGAUUCUUUAUCCCAGAGAAUCGAUCAUGCAGCUACUUCAAAUAAUAUCCCUCACUUUGCAAAUUGAAUUUUAUCUUCAGAUUUGUUUCAUAUUCAUAGACGAUGCAACUUCAUUCUUUCAAUAUUUAGAUUGAUCAUGACGAAAUAUUCAAAUCUGAAAAAAUAAUUAAUCUGAUUGUAAAAUCUAUAUUCCUUCAAUUUUAACUAUUCUUGAGGUCGUUUGUUUCUCGAAUAAGGAAUUAAAAUAUCUGAGUCCGACAAAUGUGCAAAUAUAUGUAUUUUAGAAAAUUGCCCAUAAACAUUAAGAAAGCAUCUUUCAUGCAACACGUGUGCAUACCUCUAUAAAGAAGAAUAAAAAAUAUUUUAUACAUAUGUAUUCGAUAAUAUCUUUAUAAUUGUAUAUAGUAGUAGUAUCGCAAUAUAAUUUUUACCUAUGUUAGGAAAAACCACUGUAAAAGUGCCUUAUAACUUUUUCACCGAUGUGUACCGAUAUCAUUUUAUAAUUUCCGUGAAAACCAGAAUGAGGAAUACUUUAUCCGUCAAUCGUAUUCAAUUCUUCUUGAUUCAUACCAGCAUGAUAAUAUGACCGACUGAGAUAGAACAACCAUACCAUACACAUCAAAUAAAAUAUAGCAAAGUAACAGAAAAAAAUCAAUAUAUAAAACGAAUAGUAAUAAUAACAAUGGGUUUAAAUAUUUUGUAAUAAUUAUCAUCAGCUGAGACGAUUGUCAAUAUAAAUGUCUGUGCCUGAAUUGAUCUGUUCUUGGAAUAACAAUCAUAGUAAUGAUAAUGAAUAACACAAAAACAAAAAUGUGCCAAUAUACUAUUGCAAAUGAGUUUUAUCCACGGAUAGAGAAUUUAAAUACACCGAUGUCCGUCGGUGACCGGUUUACAUAUGUAUAUGCAUCUAUGCGUAAGUAUUACUAGCAAUGCUGAUAAAUAUACAUCUACAUUACUUUUCACGGCAAGAAACAAAAAUAAAUAAAUAAAUUAAUUGAAGGAAACCAGCACAAACUAAAAUUUUUCAAGGAAUUCACUUAAGCCUAUAUUAUAUUAUAUUGUGUAUGAUGUCUACGAUUUUAAUCAUAGUUUGUGAUAAUAAAUGUUCUAAUUAAUCUAG